UCGAAUCAGCUUCGUCCUGCACAAUCGAUCCCGUUGCAGGGACAACCAACAAGCUGAUGUUGCUGAAACGCACACAGUGAAAACGCUGACACGAUGGAUUUCAAUGUCAAGAAACUAGCGUCGGACGCAGGUGUCUUCUUCACUCGGGCUGUCCAGUACACAGAAGAGAAGCUUGGCCAGGCAGAAAAGACUGAGUUGGAUGCUCAUCUGGAGAACCUGAUCGCUCGAGCAGACUGUACCAAAAACUGGACAGAGAAGAUCUUCAGACAGACCGAAGUGCUGCUUCAACCCAACCCAAGUGCCCGUAUUGAGGAGUUCUUCUAUGAGAAACUGGACAAAAAGAUCCCAUCCAGAAUCACCAAUGCAGAGCUGCUGGGACAGUACAUGCAGGACGCAGCGAAAGACUUUGGGCCAGGAUCUCCAUAUGGGAGUACAUUGAUCACUGUUGGAGAGUAUCAGAAGAGGCUGGGUGGAUCUGAGCGGGAAUUUCUACAAACAUCAGCCAUUAACUUCCUUACACCGCUGAGGAAUUUUCUGGAGGGUGACUGGAAAACCAUUUCUAGAGAGAGACGGCUUCUUGAGAACCGACGUCUUGACCUGGAUGUUUGCAAAGCUCGACUCAAGAAAGCAAAGUUAGCAGAGGCCAAGGCAGCUGCUGCGCCUGACUUUCAGGAGACUAGGCCACGAAAUUAUGUUCUGUCCGCCAGUGCAUCUGCGCUCUGGAGUGAGGAAGUAGAUAAAGCAGAGCAUGAGUUGCGUGUGGCUCAGACUGAGUUUGACAGACAGGCAGAAGUGACUCGCCUCCUGCUGGAGGGCAUCAGCAGCACACAUGUGAACCACCUGCGCUGUCUGCAUGAGUUUGUGGAGGCUCAGGCUGCUUAUUACGCUCAGUGUCACAGGCACAUGCAGGAUCUUCAGAAAGAACUGAGCAGUGCAAAUGGAGAUACGUUUCCUAAUGCUUUUGCUGUGAACGCCUCCACAUCAGGGGUGUCAGCAGGCCCUUCUCCUCUUUCCACUGGCACACAACCUGGGCCUUCAUCACCCAGUCGUCCACCAAACCCCCCCGAUGCCCUGGAGUCCAACACACUGAAGAUUGAAGAGGUCAAGCCUCCCGCCACUGGCACUCGCAAGGCUAAAGUGCUGUAUGACUAUGAUGCUGCAGAUACAAGUGAACUUUCUCUUCUCGCAGACGAGCUGAUUACGGUCUACACGGUGCCCGGCAUGGACCCAGACUGGCUUAUCGGAGAGCGAGGCAACCAGAAAGGCAAAGUGCCUGUCACAUACCUGGAGCUUUUAAGCUAGACAUCCCGUCCCGUCCUCAAUCACAAAAUCACACAGAAAUAUGCAUGAACAAAUACUCAAGCACUGCUGAACACUCAGUGAAAUGAUCCCUUUCUCUUUUUUUUCUCUCGUCUAUUCACAUCUAGGUCUGUUGUGUUCUGCUGUUACUGUGGAUAAAAUGUUUUGUUCUAUGUGUAUGUUGUUUCAUUUGAAGACUAUCCUGCGUAAGCCAUUUCUUCAAAUAAGGAGAUUUUAUUUUGUGACUGCUAGAUUUCUACCAAGCUUUUCUUACCCUACAAAUUGAAGAACAAAACGGAAAAGCUUUUGCUCUGAAGCUGGAUGUGCAUUUGUGUGUGUGUGAUCAUGUGGUGACAACGCUAAACAUCUGGGCUUUGCUUGUUUGCGUGUUAUCUUGCUCAUCUACAGUAGCUUCGUAUGGUGGUUUUGACAACGGCACGUCUGAUAUGACAAACUGGUGUUCUGUCAUCGGUUGGCAGAAUCGUGAGGGUAUUUGGUGAGGUAAUGAUGUGCAGAUUGCAGUUUACUGUGAUUUCAUUCUCAUUCGAAUGAUUGAUUUUCUUUACGCUCAUUAGUCAUUGGUAUCUGCUCCGUCUCAACCUUCCCACUUUGUUCUCUGUGGUCUGUGCUUGUUCCAAAAAGUGAUGCAUAUUGAAUGAAUACAGUUUGAAUAUAUAAUAAAGAGAGUUUUACUGGGUCUUGAUCGA